UUGGAUAACAGCCAGCAGAAAAUGUCUCAAUACUCAGGAAAAAUCACUUUCUACGAAGGCAAAUGCUUCACAGGCAGGAAGCUGGAUGUCUGUGGCAGCUGCAACAGCUUCCAGGACCAAGGUUUCCUCAACCGGGUCAACUCCAUCUGCGUCCAGAGUGGAGCUUGGGUCUGCUUCGACCACCCCGACUUCCGAGGGCAGCAGUACAUCCUGGAGCACGGCGAGUAUCCCGAUUUCUACCGCUGGAAUGGGCGCAGCGACCACCUGGGCUCCUGCCGGCCCAUCGGGAUGCACGGCGAGCAUUACAGGAUCGAAAUAUUCGAGGGGAGCCAUUUUAGGGGUCCCAGCCUGGAGCUGACAGAAGAUUGCUCCUUCCUGCAGGGACAAGGCUGGGACAAGACCUGCAUCAAUGCCCUCAAAGUGUACGGCGACGGCGCGUGGGUGCUGUACGAGGAGCCCAACUACCGAGGCCGCAUGUACGUGGUGGAGCGCGGCGAGUUCAGCAACUUCAACGAGUGGCAGGCACGCAGCGCCAGCGUCCAGUCCAUCAGGAGAGUUGUCAACUACUUCUAG